UGCAGCUCAGUCUUUUGAUUAAUUUCUGUGUUGUACAUACAUUGUUCUCGUGCUCUUUGCCAGUGAUUCUUCACCUCCCCAGUGAUUGUCCCUACUGAGUUGCAGACAUUGCAGUUUGUAAUUCCUUAGAAGAAAAAAAAAGUCACUGCUUCUUUGUGUUACUGUGCAUCCCAGUGUAAAAUCACAACAACCCAUUUGAAUCUGUAAUCGUCUCAUUCUAUCUGUUUAUGCAGCUGUAGACCUGAAAAGCUUAGCUCCAGCCUCCCCCUUACCUAAAAGGCCACUGUCUUCUGAGUGGUGGGCAUCGUGGAACACUUGGCCCGUGAGCGGCAUCUCAUCUUCUUGUGGUGGUUGUAGAAGUUCUGAACGCAAACGGUGCAAAACUAGAGGAAUCAAAGGUUCAGUGUAACACCUCAUGCUGCCUGCACACGGAUCAAAAAUUGUACUUGAACAUACCACAAAGACAAGAGUAGACGGUCAGCUAGCACAUUUGUUCAAUAUCUUCCUCCUUUCAGUACUUACAAACCUUUGAAAAUGGCUUGUCUUCAAAUCACGAUGGCUCAGGAGGAAACUUUGCUGGCAUAAUAAUCGGCCUAAUUAACAGGUUGUUCAUCAUAUCAUUACCAUCACAACUUGUGACUUGUGAGAAGGAUUUUUCAUUGCUAAGAACUUUAUUUAUAAGUCUGCAAUUUCAAGAUAAAGUGUAAUCUUUCAGUGUAAUCUUCUGUUGUUAAGUCGUCUUCUAUCAUUUCACGGAGUGUCAUUCCAUUUCCUUUUCACGUCUGUGACACAGCAGAACUGUGGGUUGACCUGCAUGACAUGUUUACAUUAAUAGAGUUUGUCGCGGCUGUUAUUGUAGAGAACAGAAUAGAACAGAAUAGAAAAAUACUUUAUUCAUCCUCUGGGGGAAAUUUGAGUGUCCAGUAGGUUGUACACAAACAUGCGCAGACAUCAACAUAACACACCAACAAAGUCAACAAAAUCAACAGUGCAAAGGGACACUUUUUUUUUUCUUUAGUAGUGAAUGCACGUUUUACUUGUACUUUAGACUACCAAGACCAAAAACCUCAGCAUUUUAUGUAACUGAACAUAUUCUGCAGGACUCAGUAAUAACGGCCGUGGGUGAAACUUAAAUAAAAAAAUGGCGCGUUUGCUUCUCCUGAUGGUGGUGAUGCUGCCAGCAUGUGCUGCAACUCCUCAAGAUCUAUCUGGUAAAAUGUUCACCUUUCCACAAGAAACCAACACAGCUCAUGUGAGGCUGAAUGCACCUUUGCAGAGUUUCAGUGCUGUGACUGUCUGUCUCAGAUCUGUUACAGACUUAGACAGAAACCACAUCCUUUUCUCUCUGGCCACACCCUCUGUUGACAACGGCUUCCUGAUAUUCAAAACAGCUACACGUGAUGACAUUGAGAUCAAUGCCCAGAACAAAGCAGUAACAUUUGGAAAUCAGAAAUAUGAGCUGAAUGAGUGGCACUCAAUUUGUUCCACAUGGGACACUGAGUCUGGUCUGGUGCAGUUGUGGGUUGAUGGAAAGGCAUCAAUUAAGAAAUUCACCAGUGGAUCAGCCAUCAACAGCCCCAUCGUUAUCUUAGGACAGGAGCAGGAUUCGUACGGUGGGGGCUUUGACAUGAGCCAGUCCUUCGUUGGCGCAAUACACGAUGUCCACAUGUGGAACUACGUCCUUUCCCCUUGUGAGAUUCAGCGCUACAUGGAGACCUCUAACUUCACUCCGGGCAAUGUGCUGAACUGGAGGGCGCUGGACUUCCAGAUAACAGGAAGAGUGUUGAUAGAAGACAGAUUCAUCACCUGUAACUAAAGUCACACAAGACCUUGUCAUUGAGCACUUAAAGUCUUUUCGACUGAGUAGUUUAAAAAGCAGAUUUCACAAUGUUGAACAGCUUUGCUUUUGUGUUGAUUGACUCUUUUCAAUGAAAGCAUAAUUUUACAAAUUGUAAUCCUAAUCACCAUGAACAAUAUCUUAUAAUCUCUGUAAUUCGUUACAUACCAGCCAUAUAAACUGCUCUCUGCUUGUAGCUUGACAAGUAUUAAAAACAGCAUAUUU